UAACUCUCGAAGCGGUUUCUGUCUCGCUUUAGUUCUCCUUGCUCGCGAAGCUCGAAAAUUAGCUUAAGAUUCUCUUUCUCUCUCUCCCUCUCUCUCUCGCUCGAAUCAGAUUCUUUGGCACCAACAAUGACCUCGCAAUCCCCGCCCACAACCGCGUUCUUCACACGCGCCACCAUGUCAACCUUCACGCGCCGCCCAUGGCGCGAGUUCCUCUCGCUCUCAUCCAUAGCCCGCCCCAUCUCCUUCGGCGACGCCACGGCCCGUAUGAAGCGGAACCUCUACUACUUCCGCGUGAACUACGCCAUGAUAAUCCUGGUAAUCCUCUUCCUCAGCCUCCUAUGGCAUCCAAUCUCCAUGAUCGUCUUCUUGGUCGUCUUCAUCGCCUGGUUCUUCCUCUACUUCUUCCGCGACGAUCCCCUGGUCAUUCUCAACCGCACGAUUGACGACCGCCUCGUGCUGGCAAUCCUAUCCGUAAUUACGAUUGUAGCCCUGGUUCUGACAGACGUUUGGUUGAACGUGUUGGUCUCCGUUUUGAUUGGGGUUUUUAUCGUGGGACUACACGCUGCGCUUAGGGGAACAGAGGAUUUGUACUCGGGCGAACCGGACGGUAGCGAUGGUGGGCUGUUUUCGGUCGUGGGCGGCAGCCCCACCCGAGCCGGGUACUCCCGCGUUUAAAUCCAAAUUAUCGAUUUAACAGUGAAUUGAUUCUUUGCUUGAAGUGCUGAAAUUUUUUUUCUUUAUGGGUUUUUUUUUUUUUUUUUUUUACUUUUAA